AUGCUCUCUAGAGCUCAGCAGCUGGAGAGAAACAUUGGCUAAGGAUGGUCAAAACUGGGAAGGGAAAAGGCAAGGAGGGAAAAGGAUGAAGUGAAAAGAGCUAGGAGCCACACUGGAGAGCAUAAACAGCCUGCUGACCUCUGAUGCAUGAGGCAUGAAGAAAAGAGGCUGUAAUUGACUAUGUGGACCAUCUGGGUGAUCUUCUGGAUUUCAACUGUCCCGAUCAAAGCUAUUCCACCUGUCUGUGACCUUCUGAGCGUCCUGAAAAGGGAGGAAGAAAAGUGUGUGGAGACUCUUUCUCUGGAGGCAAGGAACAGAACGACUGAGAAUGAUCUGCUCCUAAGCUCAGGCAGAUGUGCUGGAAUGUGGGACAACAUGAGCUGCUGGCCUUCAUCCUCUGUGGGACAGACUGUCAAUGCUCACUGCCCUGAAUUCUUUCAGAUGCUGACUGGGAAAAAAGGUUUUGUGUACCGAAACUGCACAAGUGAGGGCUGGUCAGAGCCAUACCCCAGACCUGACAUUGCUUGUGGCUACAAUGUCAACGACACCACCAACGAGGCCAGACGUUCCUAUUUCAUGACCCUGAAGACCAUGUACACCAUCGGAUACUGCACCUCCCUUGUGACAUUGAUGAUAGCCUUGGGGGUCCUGGCCUCCUUUAGAAGGCUUCGCUGCACAAGGAACUACAUCCACAUGCAUCUCUUCACCUCGUUCAUUCUGAGAGCCUCAUCCAACUUCAUCAAGGAUGCAGUCUUGUUUUCCUCUGAGGACACAAAUUACUGUGGGGCAUACACGGCUGGCUGCAAGCUCACCAUGGUCUUCUUUCAGUAUUGCAUCAUGUCUAACUACAGCUGGCUCCUGGUGGAAGGACUGUACCUCCACACUCUCCUGGUGAUCUCCUUCUUCUCGGAAAGGAAGUUCCUCUUGUGGUUCAUCGCCCUUGGAUGGGGUGCCCCAGCGGUGUUUGUGGCUGCAUGGGCGGCUGCUCGGCAGCUCCAUGAAAAUAUUGGGUGUUGGGACAUUAACACUGAUGCCAAUACCUGGUGGAUCAUUAGAGGCCCCAUAGUUGUGUCUAUAUUUAUUAAUUUCAUCAUCUUUGUCAACAUUUUAAGAAUCCUGAUGAGGAAGCUCAGCUCCCCUGAAAAACGGAGCAGUGAUUUCAACCAAUACAAGAGACUUGCAAAGUCAACACUCCUCCUCAUCCCCCUCUUUGGGGUUCACUAUAUCAUCUUUGCUUUUUUCCCUGAGGAUGCAAGCAGCGGCACAAUGGAAAUUCAGCUGUUUUUUGAAUUGGCUCUUGGAUCAUUCCAGGGCUUUGUUGUGGCUGUACUUUAUUGUUUUCUUAAUGGUGAGGUUCAGCUGGAAGUUCAGAGGAAGUGGAGGCAGUGGCAUUUAAGCAAGCACUGGCGACAGCACCUCAGCACCUCGGCGAGUAACGGAGGCAGCGGCUUGACCCAGGAGAUGCAGAUGGUGAGGUCCAGCCCCGCAGAGCACAGGAGAGGAACCCUCCAAAGGUCAAGUGUGCUGUAA